AUGUCCGCAACUACUCCCGCUGCUUCGACCCCUGAAGGGACAUCGCCAACAAAUGCGACUACGACGGUCUCCGACUCUUCUAUUGGUCUCACCGAUCGUGCGAUCAUUGAAUACUUGCGGAGCAAAGGGUACAAGGGAGCUGAGAAAGAAUUCAUUGCCGCUGUCGAAGGUGGCUCUUCUGAAGACAAGGGGAAGAAGCCGGACAUCAGUGCAGCGGCCUCUGCCAUUGCUCAAGACGAAUUUGUUCAAGCGGAGGCGUCUCAAUCUCAAAGAGCUCGCACUGGGAGCAAUGCUCCCCAAGAGCAUCCCGCUGUAUUGCAGGGUUUAGGGAAUACAAGUAACAUACAAACUCUUCUAGCAAGCAUCGACGACGUCGAUGCUGAGGAAAUUCUCUCACUCGACCCCGCCGACAAACAGGAGGGUUUUCGAGAGCUUGAAGCAUGGGUGGACGGGUCUCUGGACAUGUACCGACCUGAAUUCAGACCAAUUUUGUUCCCUAUAUUCUGCCAUUUUUACUUGGACCUAGUGCAAUAUGGGUUUAAGGAUGCCGCAAUCAAAUUUCACACUGAGUUCUCUCCUUCCUUAGCGCCAAUACACCACGCAACUCUACAUCAUCUUGCCACAUUACUCCUUCCUUUUCAUGUCAAAAAUGACGAGCUCGCUCAACGCUUCCGCAACGAAAAAUAUACAAUCCGGAUGAGCCGCACAGGAUUUAGCCUUUUAGUCGGGUGGCUAACCGAAGGUAUUGGUGGAGAGGCAACCGGGCGUGGAGAAGGGUUUGCUGGCGAAAACGGGAAGAGAGGGCGGUCGGCCGUUAUGAGAGUAGUCAAUAACCAUCUACGCUUUGAUGUCGUAUCGUCUACGACGACAUCAAUCUCGCCGAAUGCAUGGGAAGAGUCCACGGGAUUUCUAUCAUCUGCGAUACCACAAACCGAUGGUACUGCAAUCAACGAUCCACAAUCCUUUAAUCAAUCUAAGGGCGGGUUGAAGCUGGGCGAUGCACCCAUCUCGGAAGAGCUUCGAGCUGAGACUGAACGCGUUCUGAAGGAACAAGCCAUGGGCAAUCGUUCUCCUGGGUCGCUUCAUGAUCAUCACCAAUUUAUGCGCACACCAGUCUCGUCCAGCCUUGUUUCACCGUCACAAUCUGAUUUACCUCCCUAUCCUCCUUCCUUCAAAAGUGUUGACGUGAAGCGAGAGAUUGAAAAGGUGCGUGAUGCUAGGAAAUGCAUACGCCUCGAUCGUAUCACUAGCAAUGCGCAUGGAUCGCAUGGAGCCUCGACAAGUACGCUCCCACUGCCCAGUAUAUGCACCUAUACAAUACAUGAUGCGGGUGAGGGAGUGCCAUCCUGCACCUUCUCUCAAGAUACUUCCUUGAUGGCCGCCGGUUUCUCUGAGAGUUAUAUUCGAUCGUCACUUCGUAAGGUGCGCGAGAAAGGCGGAAGCACGACACGGAAACUGGUGGGACAUAGUGGACCGGUGUAUUCUGUUGCUUUCGAUCCCACUGGCGGCUCUGCAACACCUCCCAGAUAUCUGCUGUCGGCAUCAGCCGACGCGACUACGAGAUUAUGGUCUCUCGACACUAUGACAAACGUUGUGGCGUAUCGAGGGCAUCAAAAUCCAGUGUGGGAUGCACAAUGGGGUCCAAUGGGGAUUUACUUUGCUACAGCCAGUAGAGAUCGGACGGCGCGGCUGUGGUCAACCGACAGGACGUCUACAUUGAGAGUUGAAUCUUCCGCCUGCAGUGCGUCCGAUUUCAUCCAAACUCCCUUUAUCUUGCGACUGGGUCUAGUGAUUGGACAGCCCGACUAUGGGACGUCCAGAAAGGGGAUAGUCUCGUCGUUGGCGUUCAGCCCCGACGGUCGUUAUCUUGCUAGCGCUGGUGAAGACCUUGCCAUCAAUCUAUGGGAUCUUGGCUCGGGAAAGCGGAUCAAGAAGAUGACGGGCCACACUGCGUCCAUCUAUUCCCUUGCGUUCAGUGCGGAGUCGCAGAUGUUGGUAUCCGGUGGUGCUGACUGGACAGUGCGGUGUUGGGACGUAGCGAGCCCGGGGGGUCUACCACCUAAAUCGCGUGAGAAUGGUUCCCUCGUGAACGGAUCGGGAGUGGGAGGCACAAUUGACGGGAGCCAUGGAAAGGAAGAGGAAAGUAUCGAGACCACUGAUCUUCUGACCACAUUCCCCACAAAGCGAACACCAAUUAUAAACGCGCAGUUCACGUCACGCAAUCUUUGUCUCGUGGCUGGCCCAUAUCUCGCUCCUGAACAACGAUGA